CACGUACACCACCAUCAUCAUCGUCACAUCAUACAGUUGUUAUAACGACAACUGUACAACGAACACCAUUAUCAACAAAUAGAAAAUUACAAAUGAUUGAUGUUAAUGUAUGUCAACAAGAAAAUCAUCUUUCAAUAAAACGUCUUAAAAAACGACAAACAUUAAAUAAUUAUUCACCAUUAUUUAAUAAAUCUACACCAGUACCAAUACGUCUAGAAUGUAAUGUCAAUCCGUUUAUGACAUUAAAUUCAACAAAUGAAAGUAAACCACAGAAACGCAAACGUUCAUCAUUAAAACAAAUACUUUUUGAUGAAGAAAAUCUUGAAGAAAAUUAUCGAAGAAAAAAACGUUUAGCAUUAAAACAAUGUAAUGUACAUCGUUUUAAUGAAGAAUUUCAUACUCAAUCAUUACUUGGUUCAGGUGAAUUUGGUAAUGUUUAUUUAUGUGUUAAUCGUCUUGAUGGUUGUGCAUAUGCAAUUAAAAAAUCCAAACGUCCUAUAGCUGGUAGUUCAUUUGAAAUGCUUGCUUGGAAAGAAGUAUGUGCACAAGCUGUGCUUAAACAUCAAAAUAUUCUUCAAUAUUACUCAGCAUGGGCAGAAGAUGAUCAUAUGUAUAUUCAAAGUGAAUUUUGUAAUGGUGGAAAUUUAGCUGAACGUAUACGUGAUAACCAUUAUCGACAAUGUUAUAUGGAUGAAAAAGUUUUACGAAAAAUUUUAUUACAUAUAGCUAAUGGUUUAGCAUUUAUACAUUCGAAAAAUUUAGUUCAUUUAGAUAUUAAACCUGAUAAUAUAUUUAUAUCAAUAAAUGAUGAAUUAUUUGAAGAAAAAAAUAUUAUUUAUAAAAUAGGUGAUUUAGGACAUGUUACUGAUAUAUAUGAUCCAUUUGUUGAAGAAGGUGAUUCAAGAUAUUUAGCAAGAGAAGUUCUUCAACAAAAAUAUCAAUGUCUACCCAAAGCAGAUGUUUUCUCAUUGGCACUUACAAUAUUUGUUACAGGUACAAAUAGUAUACUUCCUAAAAAUGGUGAUGAAUGGGAUCGUAUACGUGAUGGAAAAUUACCACAAAUAAAACAUUGUUCUGAUGCAUUUAAUGAUUUACUUGUUACAAUGAUUAAACCUGAUGUUAGUGAACGUCCAUCAUCAUCUGAAUUAGCUGAACAUCCAAUCGUAUCACCAGUGAGUGAACGUAGUAAAAAUGAAUUAUUUGAUGAAUUACAAGAAGAACAAAGAAAAAAUUCUAUUUUAGCAAAAAAACUUCUCGAUUAUAUGUUCUUAGCUAAUGAACUUGAACGUGUUUGUUCACAAAUCCGUGCUGUUGAUAUGAAUAAAUCUCAUGGAGAAUCAUCACCAUUACAACGUUCAAGUAGUCUUAAUGAUUUUCGUCUAACAUCAGUAUUGUGA